AGGAUAACGGCAGCCGCAGCGGCGCAGGCGGUGCAGCAAGUUACGAGCCACACAUCUCAUGCCACCACUGCGCCGGCCACGGUGGCCAGAAACCAAGACGAGGAUGUAUCCAGUUAUGGAGAGGGAGGAGUUGGAAGAGAUCGGGCGAUGGAGAGGAUGGCGGAGCAGUUGCGCCAGUUACAGGACAAGUUGGAGGGGAGGCCGGAGAGGAGAGCUCAAGGACAUCCCUUUUCAAGGGAGAUUCUCGUUGCUCCAUUGCCGAAUAAUUUCAAGGAGACUAACUUGGUAUAUGACGGGUCUUCUGACCCGUCAAGGCAUGUGAGGACCUUUGAGAAUAUGGCUGUACAGGGGGAGAAGGAGUCAUUGAGGAAGUAUGUUGCUCGAUAUAAUCAGACAUGUUUGGAGGUGCACUCGACCUCAGAUGAGGUGAAGGUGGGAGCAUUGAUAAGAAGUCUUCGAGCAGGGCCUUGCCGAACUUCCCUAGCAACGACCCCUGCUCGAUCAUAUGAGGAGGUUUUGAAGCGUUGCAGGAAGUAUAUUAAUUUGGAGGAAAUGGAGGUAGAGUUCGCAAAGUUGGAGGGGUCGGCUCGACCAAAACUAAAAAAGGAGCAAAGCCCACCAAGAGGAAGGUCCCCGAGGAGGAGUUCGCCCAAGAGGAGUGGGUCGAAAAAGAUAUCACCGAGGUGGGAAGGUCGAGAUUCGAAGCGAGGGAAGAGGGACGAUAGGUGGCAGGGAAGGCCAUUGUUGUUCGAGAGACAAAAGAACUACAGGCACUUGAAGGAUGAGAUUGAAAGGUUGAUUCGAGCAGGACAUUUGAAAGAGUUUGUGUAUCAUGAUAGGGCGAAAGGGAAAGGAAGGAGAAGGUGUCAGGAUGAUUCGGAGGAAAGGAGUGAUAGGGAUGAAGAAGGAUACGAUGGAGAGGGCCAAGGUGGUCGAGGAAAGAGGCCGAGGAGAGAUGGAGAUAAAGGGGGCCAGGGUGGAGAAGCCUUGAUGAAGAGAGGGACAAUUUACAUGCUUUCCGGAGGGCCAACGAAUGGCGACUCGAAUAGGGCCAGGAAGGAGCAUGCUCGAGCUGUGAAGAGGAAAAGAGAGAAGGUGGGGAUUACGGCUCGUAUACCGGUGAUAAGUUUUAAGGCGGAGGUUGCAAGCUUUGACGUGAAGAGGGUGUUUAUCGAUACUGGGAGUUCGGUAGACGUGAUGUUUUAUGACUGUUUUAUGCAAAUUAACAAGGAGUUGAAUAUGGAGUUGAAACUGCUGACCACGUCACAUUAUGGUUUUAAUGGAGGAGAGGUGAUGUCGAUGGGCGAGAUAAGCUUGCCAGUGGCAUUGGGAGCAGGAGAUCUGAGGAAGGUGCGCAUGGUGAGGUUUGUGGUCGUAGGGGCUGAAUCAUCUUAUAACAUCAUUAUGGGGCGGACGAGCUUGAAUGCGUUCCAGGCGGUCGUAUCCACGUACCACCUGACGAUCAAGUAUCCUGUGGGCGAAAACGUAGGGGAGAUUGUCGGGGAUCAACUCACUUCGAGGAGCUGCUAUCAAACAACAGUGAGCAAUAACAAGCAACUGGCGAGGAGGCAGGCCAAGUCGAAG